AUGACAACUCGGUUAUGGAGUUGGAAGAGUGUCCGACUACGGGUGGCGAUUUGCAUCGCCUUAGCGCUCACCAUCGAAGGGCUCAUGAGGAGCAAUCUGAAUAUGGCGAUGGUCUGCAUGCUGAACGAGACUGCAAUCGCCGAAGGGCGGCCAUUUCGAACUUUGAACAACUCGACUGUCGAGGCAAAGUGUGAAGUGCUCAAGUUCGGCAACGAAAAGGUCUACGAGUAUAACGGUGAGCUCACAUGGACUUCGCAACAACGUGCCGUAAUCUUCGCCUCGUUCUAUGCUGGAGGCCUCCUCGCUACUCUGGUCACAGAGAAUCUGAAUCGAUGGAUAGGAGCGAAACGUUUGGUUCUCUACGGUGCCAUCAUUAACGUUCUAGGAACUUUCGCUACACCAACGGUGGCCACCUACCUAGGAGCCAUUCCCAUGGUCAUUCUACGGUUUGUCAUGGGUUUCGGUCAGGGACUUCUCUGGCCAUGUAUGAGUGUCCUUGUGAGUCACUGGUUCCCACCAACCGAGAAGAGCACAGCGUUAGCGAUCGCGACAACAGGAAAUCAGUUAUCUGUCGUGAUUGCAAUGUUUGCAACGGCUGAGCUGUGUCAAGUGCCGUUCAUGGGUGGUUGGCCGAUGGCCUUUCAUGUAUACGGUAUUCUUGGUGUGCUGCUUUGCAUUCUUUGGCAAGUUUUUGUUGCUGAUGAUCCCGCGAAUGCCCGAGGCAUCACUAACGCAGAAAUUCAAAUCAUCACGAACUCAGCCGGUCGGCGACCUCGUGUGCAGCGUGCCAACUGGGCGCAACUAUUGUCGUCACCUGUGGUGUGGUCUAUUGCUGGUAGUGCAUUUGCCCACAAUUUCAUCACCGUCGGAACUGUCACUUAUCUCCCGCUCUACUAUAAAACUGUCCUAAACAUGAGUUUGACGUCGGUAAGUACAAUUCCUUUUUUCUCGGGGCAUCAAAGAUCUGUUGUUGACGGUUCUGAAGCGAUAGGAACGGUAAAUGCACUGAUAAGGGGGUUUUCAUUCCAUGGUUAUGAAUGA